AUGCAAUGGCAAUUGUUUUAUUUUCUUAUCCUAUUACCGAUAACAAUAACUAAAUCGGAUGCAUCACUUAUUUACAACACAAAUGAUAAUUCAAAAACAAUUUUCGAUUGUUUCUAUGCUUAUAUAGUUGAUGAUCGUGAUCCAGAUGAUAGACUUUUGUUUCGAACAAAUUAUUUAACACCUUAUUGUCGACGUCCAUCAUCAACUGAUUCUAUUAACAAAGUGCAAGGAUAUAUAGAAAAUACAGACACAUUUAAAAAUUUACGUUUACAAGGAAUUACGAGUGAAGAUCUUCUUCAAUGGUCAACAUCAAUUGAUAUAAUUGAACAAUAUUCGAUAUAUCUCAUUAAAAAUAAGACCGGAUUCGAUGAAUUUAUUUUUAAUAAUUGUUCAUCAUUAUGGUUUGGGUCGAAUUGUGAAUAUACAUUUAAUUUUAGUAUGCCUAUCGAAUCGUUUGGGGAUUUCGUAAAUUCUUCAUUUAAAGCUCGUAAACAAUAUGAAGGAAAAAUUUUGAUCCAUACUUGUUAUCCUCAUUUAUCUGGAUGUUAUCGUGGUCCUAAACCGAUGUGUUUAGACUGGCGUGAAAUAUGUGAUAGAAAAAUUGAUUGUAUUGGAGAUAAAUUUGGUAUCGAUGAAGAAUAUUGUAAUGAACUUGAAAUAAAUGAAUGUAAAGAAGACGAAUAUCGAUGUCAUAACGGAGCACAAUGUAUUCCACUCGAAUUCUUUCGUGAUGGUCAAACAAGUAAAGACUGCUUGGAUGGAACAGAUGAAGCUGAAGUUUUUCGUCAGGAGGGACUUUGGAAUCACGAUACUGAGCAAUUUUCUAAAUGCAUCGAUUCAAUAUUAUUCGCUUGCGAAGAGAGAACAUGUCGUCAACCACAUGCAUUUUCAUGUGGCGAUGGAAGUUGUUCGCCGAUUUAUCCUUAUUUAAAUCUUGUUGGUAAUACGCCAGGUGAAUGUAAAAGUACAGGCCGUACUUCCUACUACAGACAAAUAAUUUAUAAAUCAGCCAAACAAUAUAUGAAUGAUUGUUAUCUUUUAUUAUUUUGUAAACUCGGUUUUUAUGACAUUUUCAAAAAUGAUACAUACAAUAUAACAGACUGUUCAAGUGGAAAUUUAUCAUCAAAAAAUUGUACAUUAAAAUAUAUUCCAUUUCCUCUUGAACCUAUCUUCAAUGGUUAUUUCCAACCUCUUUAUUCAAAACAACUUUUGAUCAAAAGUGACAAUGGUGAUGGAUGGCCAUCAUACAUCUGUAAUAACCCACGAUUAUGCUUACAUUUACCAAAUGCAACAGAUCGUAUAAAUGGUUUAGAUUGUCGUUCAGCUCCUACAUAUAUAUAUCCCAAUCUAGGUUUGUCAUAUCGUUUGACAGAAGAUGCUAAGAUUUGUGCAUUAAUGGGUAAUAUUAAUAAAUAUGAAUCAAAUUCAUCUUUAUUUUAUUGUGAAAAAUCUCAUAAAUAUAUAUCAAAACAUCGUCUCAUUGAUGGAAUUCGAGAUUGUUAUCAUAAUGAAGAUGAAAGUUAUAAUGCUAGUUGUUCAUUAAAUGAUACUCAACGUUUUAAUUGUACAUCAGAAACAAAAUGUUUAUCACCUAUAAGUAUUGGUUACGAUCUACCUCGAUGCAAAAAUAAAGAAGAUGAAGAAAUUGACAAGUCAGAAACAUUUGUAUAUAUAAGUCUUUGCAAUCAUAUAUAUAAUUAUCCAGAAUUACUACGAGAAGAUAAUGAAACUGAUGAAACCAAUUGUAAAUGGUGGCCUUGUCAUACUCCGUAUACUCGAUGUGAUAAUGUUUUCCACUGUGCUAAUGGUAUCGAUGAACUGAAUUGUCCUAAUGUGAAUUGUAAUAUUGAUGAAUUUAAAUGUCAAAUUAUUAAUUCUCCUAAUAAUUAUUAUUGUAUUCCACAACAAUAUAUUUACGAAAAACCAGUCGAUUGUAUUAAUCAUGAUUUUAGGGAUAAUCUAUAUCGAAAUAUAUUUUAUUCGAAUAAUUUAACUUUUAAUAUUAAUCAAGAAUAUAUAUCAUGGAAAGAAAAGACUUGUUUAACUAAAAAUGAUAUUUGUGGUAAUUCAUCAACUAAUGAUCAACAACUAAUAUGUAAUAUUACUGAAAAAGAAAAUAUUCGUGUUAAGUCUCCAUUCUCAAUAGAUUUGUAUAAUAAUGGAACAUUAUGUUACAUGAUAGAUCAGGUUAAUUUCUAUGAACGUGAUCCUUAUUAUUUUUCUACAUGGAAUUUGGGAUAUUUUCCACCAAUAAUAAAUCAGAUAUCAUUAUCGUCUCAACAAUCUAUCAAUAUUAAGCCAAAAACAUCUCUCAAAAUACAUACUAGUAUUGAAUUAAUUGAAUAUUGUAAUCGUGGAAUUGUUAUAUUCGAAGGUAAAUCAUUUGAAAAGAAAUGUUUAUGUCCACCUAAUUAUUACGGUGAUCGAUGUCAAUGGCAAAAUCAACGCAUUAGUUUAACACUUCAAAUACGUCCAUUAGGUUCAUAUGAGAAUAAACAAUCUAUUUAUGAAAUAUUCAUUUAUUUAAUUGAUGAUGAAAAUGGAAUAAUACAUAAUUAUGAACAAAUAAAUUAUAUUUCAUCGCUAGAUUGUAAUACAAAAUACAAUCGUUAUUUACUUUAUCCUGAUCAACCAAAAAAUGUCAAUCAUACAUAUUCGAUACGUAUUGAUAUUUAUGAAAAGUCAACAUUAUUAAAUUAUUAUGGAAGUUGGAAUUUAUUUAUUCCAUUUCUAUUUUUACCAGUUAAUCGCAUAUCAACACAACUUCGUAUUCCAUCAGAAAAAUCUGAAGAAUUAACAAAUUGUUCAAUUCAAUGUGGAACAAAUGGGAAAUGUUUUAAAUAUAUUAAUUCAACAAAAGAAUUUUGUCUUUGUGAUCAAGGUUAUUCAGGUCGUUAUUGUAAUAUAAUGUAUCAACAUUCUUGUUCAUCUGGUUCCACUGCUUUAAAUUCAUCAAUUUGUUUAUGUCCAUUAAAUAAAUUUGGUUCAAAAUGUUAUUUGCAACAUACAUAUUGUCAACCGAAUAAUAAUCCAUGUAAAAAUCAUGGUCUAUGUAUACCGAUGGAUGAUCGAAUAAAAAAAAAUGAUUAUAUUUGUUUAUGUACUGAAGGUUAUAUGGGACCUCAAUGUGAAUAUCAAUCAAAUGAAAUUGAUAUUACUUUCAAAAUAAAUCCUAUACCAACAUUAGUCUUUGGUCAUUUUAUAACUGCAUUCAGUGAUAAAGACCACGAACGAACAACGUCUUUUAAAAAAAUUCCAUUUGAUCGAGAUUCAAUUGUAUUGUAUCAUACAACUCCAUUUAAUUUAUUAUUUAUUGAAUUUGAAAAAAAUUAUUAUCUUACUGUGAUAAGAGAAAAACCAAUUCGAUCUGAAAACAUUUCUACUAAUAUAAAUCAAGAUUAUAAAUGUGAAAAUAUAAGUAAAUUUUUAAAUUCAACAAUACUUAAUUAUAAAACUCUUCGUCGAUUAAAAUAUUAUCAAUUACCAUGUAUAGAAAAUCUCAAAUUAAAAUGCUUUUAUGAUGAUACAUAUAUGUGUGUUUGUGAUAAAAAUCGAUAUUCGAAUUGUUUUGAAUUUGAUCUUAAUAUGUCUUAUGAUUGUCAAGGUAAUAAUUAUUGUGGAAAACAUAGCGAAUGUUUUCAAGAUAAUAUAACUUGUCCAUUAAUGUUAGUAUGUAAAUGUGAUAAAUGUUAUUAUGGAAGUAAAUGUGAAUUAACAACAAAAGGUUUUAGUACAUCACUUGAUGUUAUAUUUGGAUAUCAUAUUAAACCAUUUACUUCAUUUACAAAACAAUCCACAGCAGUAAAAAUAACAGCAUCAAUAACAAUUUUAAUGUUAAUAUUUAGUAUUAUUAAUGGGGUAUUAUCUAUAUUAACGUUUAAAAGUGAAUCUUUACUUAAAGUAGGUUGUGGGAUUUAUUUAUUAACAAAUUCAAUUGUAUCGAUAUUAACAAUAACUGUAUUUACAAUAAAAUAUUUUCAACUGAUUAUAUUUCAAAUGAAAUCUAUAACAAAUGCAUCAUUUAUUAGUUUUAGUUGUAUAUUAACUGAUGUCUUAUUAAAAAUUCUACUUAGUUUUGGCGAUUGGUUAUAUGCAGCUGUUGCCAUUGAAAGAGCAUUAACUGCUGUACAAGGAAUACAUUUUAAUAAGUCAAAAAGUAAAUACAUUGCUAAAUAUGUUAUAGGAAUAAUGUUACUAUUAAUAAGUAUAUCUUAUAUUCAUGAUCCAAUAUCUCGUCGAUUAUUUAAUGAUGAUGAUGAACAAAGAACAUGGUGUAUUCUUGAAUAUUCAACAAGUUUAAAAAAAUAUGACAAAUUUAUAAAUGUAUUUCAUGUUUUAACACCAUUUAUAAUUAAUAUAAUAUCUGCUAUAUGUAUUACAAUUCAAGUAUUUCGAAUACGUGUAAAAACAAAGAAAAAAUCAGCAUAUAAAAAAAUUCUUUAUGCUCAAAUUCAACAAAAUAAACAUCUUCUUAUUUCACCAUGUACUUUAAUAUUAUUAUCGAUUCCUCGUUUGAUUAUUUCAUUUUUAUCUGGAUGUAUGGAAUCAAUACGUAAUCCAUGGUUAUAUUUAACUGGAUAUUAUAUUUCAUUUAUUCCACCAUUACUUAUUAUUAUAUUAUUUAUUUUACCUUCAAAAACAUACAAACAGGAAUUUAUUUCUAUUGUACAAAAAAUAAAUUUUUUCUCCAAAUAA